UAUCGUCAAUCAAGGUUGUAUGGUGUAAUGGCUAGCACAUGAGAUUUUGAUUCUCGAGACCUGGGUUCGAUUCCCAGUACGACCUGAUCUUAUUAUUGAUUUUUAACCAUGAAAAAGUCGUUAAAGCGUUUCACAUUGCAGAAGAAUACAAUUGGUGGUGCGCUUGCAGUUGGAUUGUUCUGCACAACAACAAUCUUUAUUAUCUUAUAGGAAAAGGUAGGAAAAAAACAUCGUAAUGGAGAGUAAGAUAUUUUCAAUUGAUCUACAAAUAUAUUUGCUUUUUUAUUCGGGAAAUGUUAACUUAAGCGGUUCUGUAUUCGUGAGCGUUACUGGCUUUUAUCGUGAACAUUUAGUUUCUAUUCUCAAUUCAGAAAUUAACCAAUCCAAAUUUUUUUUUCGGAUAACCGAUCAGACUCUUUUUUUUUCUUACUUUGGCUCAAAUACUUGAAGCCUUUUCUUUUUGCAAAGACUAAGCAGUAUCAACUCUAAGUUUUAAUUCAGUUUUAUUUAUCACGACCGUGAAAUAUUUAGCAAUUUGCUUUUGUUGAAAGUCUUUGUACUCCAGCAGUAAAGUAG